GUUAGGACCCUCGCUUGUUCACAACACUUGUACUCAGAGCCCAUCGCUGCUCCUCUCAAGAUAUUUUUCCCCCUUCAUCUUCAGACUGGAUGCUUGAAGCCUGAAUUUCCAUGCUUAAUCUUAGAGAUAACAUGGAAUUCUCCACAUGGGUCUGUUUGAUUUUUAUACUUCAACUGUUUUUGCCGAUGCCCAUUUCAUCAGAUUCUUCUUUAAGUACAAAAGGUUUUGCGGAAAUCUCUGCGAACUUCCUCAAUCUUGCCAAAAAACCAGAGCUUGCCGAUUGGAUGAUAGGUAUUAGGAGGAAAAUACAUGAGAACCCAGAACUUGGUUACCAGGAAUUCGAGACCAGUAAGCUUAUCAGGGCAGAACUGGAUAAGAUGGGCAUCCCUUACAAACACCCAGUUGCCGUUACUGGUGUUGUUGGUUUUAUCGGAACCGGAGGACCGCCUUUUGUCGCGAUAAGAGCAGACAUGGAUGCUCUCCCUAUGCAGGAGAAUGUGGAGUGGGAGCACAAGAGUAAAAUCCCUGGGAAGAUGCACGCAUGCGGGCACGAUGCCCAUGUUGCAAUACUUCUUGGUGCCACAAAAAUCCUUCAGGAGCAUCAAAAUAAUUUACAGGGAACUGUUGUUCUUGUUUUCCAACCAGCUGAGGAAGGAGGUGGAGGAGCAAAGAAAAUGUUAGAUGCUGGUAUAUUGGAGAAUGUUGAAGCUAUCUUUGGUCUGCAUGUCUCUGUUGAUUUACCUAUUGGUAAAGUAGCCUCCAGACCUGGGCCUAUUAUGGCUGGAAGUGGCUUCUUUGAGGCAGUAAUAAGUGGAAAGGGGGGUCAUGCAGCUAUUCCGCAACACACAAUAGAUCCAAUAUUAGCAGCUUCCAAUGUGAUUGUUAGCUUGCAACAUCUUGUUUCUCGUGAAGCUGAUCCUCUGGAUUCACAGGUAGUAACAGUUGCAAAAUUCCAAGGAGGUGGUGCAUUUAAUGUAAUUCCAGAUUCUGUUACCAUCGGUGGGACCUUCCGAGCCUUUUCAAAAGAAAGCUUUAUGCAGCUUAAGCAAAGAAUUGAGGAGGUUAUCACAGGACAAGCCGCAGUACAGAGAUGCAGUGCAACAGUUGACUUCUUUUUAGACCAGAAGCCCCAUUUCCCUGUAACUGUAAACAGCCAAGACUUGCACGAGUACUUCCAACAAGUAGCAGGUGACAUGUUGGGCAUCCGUAAUGUAAAAGAUAUGCAGCCAUUAAUGGGAUCAGAGGACUUUGCUUUUUUCUCAGAGGCAGUACCUGGAUAUUACUUCUUCCUUGGGAUGAAAAAUGAUACACGCGGGAAGCUUGAACCAGGGCAUUCGCCCUAUUUCACAAUCAAUGAAGAUGCAUUACCCUAUGGGGCAGCCCUACAAGCAUCUUUGGCUGCAAGGUACCUCCUUGAAUUCCACCCAAAAUCUCACUUUCAAGAAACCAAGUUUCACGAUGAACUAUAGGGUGCUGUUUCUUCCUCUUCACCUUCGUGAUAUCUUCUGUUUAGGAUUUUCUCAGAAUUUAAACACCAUCCGUCCAUAGCGUAUGAAGCUAUGCAGUUAUAUAUUAGUACUGGAUACUGGAUUCAAAACCAUGAACCUGCUAUGGUUGUAAAUUUAGUUGCAUUGGUAAAUUGGAGACUAAAUCCAUGCACGUAAUAUUGUUUCUAGUUUCUACC